GUCUUUACAAGCACAAAACCAAGUCUUAGAUACAUAACACAAACUAUUUGUUUGUUUGAAAAUUGAAGAUUGUAUGUCGUUUUUGCUCAUAGGACACAGAAACUCGAGGAGUCUAUGGUUACCUUUACAUCUGAUACCUUUCACAUUGCAUAUUUUAGUACGAAAUACAAAUUCAGUAUUCUUCUAAUAAUUAAAAAUCAAUAGAAAAAUAGACAAAAAUGGCACCAAAAAGAAAAAAGAAAACUGGCAAACUAACAAAAAUGACUGAUGAAGAAAGAGCGAUUUUCCUUGAACAACAAAGAGUUUCUGAAGAAGAAUUAAAGACAAAAAAGAUGACACUGUUAACUCAAUAUCUACAAGAUAAACUUCAUCAUGAGGAAAAAUUUACCAAACUUAAUCAAGCAAAACUGACACAUCAUUGGCGAACUAUUAUGAGAGAAACGAAGUCAAAAGAAUUGAAAAGAACUAUAGAAAUAUUAUCACAAACAUUUGAAAGAAUUAUGGACCGAAAAGAAAGUAUAAUCAAAACACUUGUUGCGGAUCUUAGUGAGGCAGAUGAACAGCAUUUGAUGGCUUUGCGUUCUCAUUUACAGAAUGUAGAUAUUUUGAUAGAUUUACAAAAUCAAAGAUUAUAUAAAUUAAAAACUAAUUAUGAAAAGGAAUUACACUCUUUGUUAGAAGAAUUCUUAAAAGAAGAAAACUUUACUAAGCAACAACACGAUAAACAAGUCAAUGACUUAAAAAAUAUAUUUGUUGCACUGGAUUCUACAUAUACCGCCAAAGCACAUGAAGCUAUAAUUGAUCAGACUAGUUUGAAAGAUGAUUUGAAGAAUAAAAGUUUGGAAGAAAAACACACAUUGAGAAUAAAUUUGGAGAAUAAGGUCAAUAGUUUGUGGUCUGAAUUCAAACAGGCUUCCACCCAAUACUCAACAACUACCAGUGAAAAAAAGACAUUUUUUGAAAACUUAAAAGCAAAAGAUGAACGUUCAGCUGCUGAAAUUCAAUUACACUUAAACAAAAUCCAAAAAAUCAAUGAUAAUAUAGCGGCUACUAAACGUCGUAUGAUAAAAACAUCUAAGGAAUAUGAAGAAAAAAAUCAUAACUUAAAAGAAGAACGUGAUAAGCUAGUUGUUCGAUUCCAAGCCUUGAAGAUACAAAUCAAUAAAUUACGUGACCUACAACAUGAAAAAUUGAUUAAAUUGUCAGUUGAAAGUGGGGAUGCUAUAAAAAAGCUUCAAUGUUUAUUGGAAAAAGCAGAGAAAAUUAUCAAGUUAGGUGAACAGUGCAGAAAGUAUGAGACAGAAGAGGAAAAAGUUACACCAUUCUAUGCAUCAUCUUUAUCAGCGGAAGAAGAAAGUGUUGUGCAAGAAUCGUUCGAAAGUGAACAGAAUGAAGAAAUAGCGAAGGUGAUAAGUUUUUAGUAUUUUCUUCGUUUCAUCAGUAUUUUUACUUUUCCGUUUGAAUCAUAUAUAUGAUAUUCGGCUGGUCUUUUAUCGUUUCAUCUUUUGAUUUGUAUAAAAUUGAAGUCCUCCAACUGGUUUACGACCAACGUCUAUUCCCAUUGUAAUUGUGACUUCCUUUAUUUUUUGCAUAUAAGUGCUUAUUGAUGAAGUUGAUAAACAUAGUGACUGUCCUGCUGAAAAGGUCGUUUGAUUUUGUUCCUCAUUUUUUGCCUGGUAGUUAUGUUGCCAUGUCUUCGCUCUUUAGAAUCGAAAGAUUGUAUGCAGUUGUUUUGUUAGUUUUUGAUAAAGUAACUGAAAAAUUUGUGCAGCAUAGGUUGGCUUAUGAUACACAUGAGUCUCUGGUUUUCCUGUAUUGAUUUUGGUGAUCAACACAUCCAAGAAGAACAGUCAGUUGUUUGGUUUCUUUCUCAAGAUAAAUUUUAUAUCAUCAAAUAUAUUAUUGACCAAAUUAUAAGCAGUUUCGAGCUUCGCUAUUGAACCAACCAGGUUGUGAAAACGUAGCUUCAACAAAAUCAUAAUCGCAAGUUAGAAAAAUGUUCACCUUCAUCUUAUGUAUUUUCUUUUCAAAAAGCUCACACAUGUCAACGGAGAACAACCAGUUUAGAUGAGCAAUUAUUUCUGUGUGAAAGUUUUUAAUUAUUUUUAGUUGGUAAAUUAAUUUAUAAUGAUAUUCUAUUUUAACUUUUUGAAAAUUUCAGAUAAUAAAACGAUGCCUUCCACUUGAAAUGUUUUGGAAAAGAUUUAAUAAAGUUCAAUUAGAUCGUUUAGCAAUAAUUAAAGAAUACAAUAUGUUAGAACAAGAAAAUAUUCAGUUAAAAUUAUUAUUGAAACAAUAUUUAGAUGGUAUAUCAGUUAAUAGUGAAGUUAUAUCUGGUGAUAAUUCAUUAAUUGUUGUAAAUGGACGAUCAAAUUUAAAACACUUGAAUAUAAUAGAUGAUCCACGAAUCAAAUUGAUAUCUACUGAUAAUCAUGAUGAUAGUAUACUGCCAAAAGAAAUGACAAACUAUGCCACUACUCCCGCUGCAGUUGACUAUCGAAUAAGACAGACAACUUAGACAAAAGGAUCCUACAACAAGAAUAAUAUAAAAUCCAAGACAAGAUAUAACAAUUAUAAAGAUUUUGUGAUUUACUAUAUUCCUACAAAGUAAUUCAAUGCUGAAUCAAAUUAAAGAAAUGGCCGAUACACAAAUACAUUGUUCAUAAUAAACUUGUUGUUUCUCGUUGGAAAAUUUAUUCAAUUAACUAAUUGCCAAACAGUUAUAAGUUUUAAAGGAAAAGUGUUAUAAAUA